AUGUUCAUGGGCAAAAUUGCUGACAUUUUGGCGCAGAACAAUCAUAGAGUGGUAUGUUUUAGAUAUUUGAACAUUUUUUUACUCUAUCUUUCCUAGACCUCACCUUAAUCCUAGACAUAGCUCUAGCUGUAGCCCAGGUCCCUAGCUUAGAGCCUUAGCCUAGAGCUUUAGUUCAAAGAACUUGCUCUAAUCCUAGCCUUAGCCAUUGUCUUAUCUCUUUCCCUGUUGCUAGCCUUAGUCUUAACCCUAGACUUUACCUUGCUUUUAACCCUAGUUCUAGAUCUAACUCUUCUUCUACUUUGUGUAAACCUAUUAUUAAACUUAUUCAAGACUAAAGUAGCUCUCUUUAGGUAAACUACGUAUCAGAUAUAUCAUCGAGUUUUAACGAUACUGGCUCAAAAGUGGCUGAAACCUGGUUCAGAGAGAGGAAGUACAAAUCCGAUUACAAUAUUGCCACUUUUCACACAUCAGCAUGGCUAACUGACUGGUCGUAUAUUAGCAUGUACAAGGUAUGA